AGGAUCUAUAAAUUAAAGCUGCUUACUGUCUUGCUUAUUCGGCUUUCUGAUACAACCCAGGACCACUUGCCGGAGGGCUGGACCCUCCCACAUAAAUCAAUCAAUAUUCCCACUUACAAACCCACCAUCCACUCUAAUGAAGGCAGUUCAAGUGAGGCUCCACAUUCCCUGGUGACUAAAGUGUCAAGUUGACAAACAUGUGCAGUCAGAAUUAAAACGUUAUAUACUGAUCUUUGUCUACACUGAGUGUUAAGUUUCCUGCUACAUAUGAUGUAUCCUGUACAGAAUAUUAGAUCAGUUUCAGAAAAUGUACUUUAAUUUGGACUUUUAUUGUCUGUGAUACUUGAGUGCCUUGGAAGAGAGAGUUCUGCUCUCGGACGAAGUGCGUCCAUACUUAAGUGAUUUCGAGUAUUAGAGUAGGGUCUUUCAAGAAUUCACACGUCUCUGGGGAGAUACCUGGUAAAUAUGAAAUCCAAACAGUGAAACGUAGGGAGGUAAGUAGGAAUAGAAGAUCUUCAUGGCCUUUUUAGACUAUAAGGAAGAUUUUAUUGUUUCAUUGACAUAAUUCGGUAGAUGAGCUCGAAUUAUUCAACAGUGGCCACAAUUCACAUUAACUGUAUUGUAAAUUCAAAAACCGGCAGCAGAUGGCGAGUGUGGGCAUCGGAACCAUUCUGUUGGGGGUUUGUUGUGAGGAGGGACCGGAAAAGGAGUGGAAUUCUUGUCGCGAUGUGGAGAGGUCGAAGGCUGAGCUCUGGUGGGGUUCGUUUUUUAGGAAAGCUUGGGUUUGGGUGUCCCAGCGGAGUAGCCCAGCCUCCUCGUGUAACUUCAUGGUCGGCUAACUCAGGGAAUCAACUCACUAGGAAUCUACAGAUUAAGCCAUGGGAAUUCAGUGAACACAGGACCAUGUGGUUUAGAUCCUACAGCAGGACUUUUUCCUAUUUGACCAGAAUAAAAACUGACAGGUCCCCUUGGAAAAGCUUAUACAGCACCUCACAAACAACAGUUGACAGCAAGGAGGUAAAAACCUUCUUGGCCCUGGCUCACAAGUGGUGGGAUGAGCAAGGAAUAUUUGCACCUCUUCAUUCUAUGAAUGACCUGAGGGUGCCCUUCAUUAGAGAUAAUCUUUUGAAAAAAAGUGCUAAUCACCAUCCAGGAAAGCCUUUGUCUGGGAUGAAGAUUCUUGACGUUGGCUGUGGCGGUGGCUUAUUAACAGAACCUCUAGGGCGACUGGGGGCUUCAGUUACCGGAAUCGAUCCCGUGGCUGAAAACAUUAAGAUAGCACAGCACCAUAAGUCAUUUGAUCCGGUCCUGGAUAAGAGGAUACAGUACAAAGUGUGUUCCCUGGAGGAGAUUGUGAAUGAGGCUGCAGAAGUUUUUGAUGCUGUUGUGGCUUCUGAAGUUGUGGAACAUGUGAUCGACCUUGAAUUGUUCAUACAGUGCUGCUAUCAAGUAUUAAAACCCGGGGGCUCUUUCUUCAUCACUACAAUCAACAAAACACAGCUGUCCUAUGCCUUGGGCAUUGUUUUCUCAGAGCAAAUCGCGGGCAUUGUUCCCAAAGGCACUCACACUUGGGAGAAGUUUGUUUCACCAGAAAAGCUAGAGAGUAUUCUGGAGCCAAAUGGUCUGCCAGUUCAAACUGUGGCAGGAAUGAUCUACAAUCCCUUUUCAGGUUACUGGCAUUGGAGUGAAAAUACCAGCCUUAACUAUGCAGCGCAUGCUGUGAAAUCCAGUGCGUGGGAACACCCAGAACCUGCUGAGUCUGCUUUAAAGGAGGACACAGAAGCACUCCAGGCUAACGCCUCCAGUAGCCCACAUGUACAUGAAGAGCUGAAGAAAUGAGAUAUCUCCAAGGACAGUAGUAAUAUGCUUAAAAGUUUAUUGUUUACAAAUUCAAAAAGCUUUUUUGAGUGAGGUCUUGAAGAACAAAAGGUCAAUAAAAAUAUCUAAAUUGUUGGAGAAAAG